CACAGAAAAUUGAUGAGAAGCUAUAUAAUCUCUUGCCAAAAACUGAAAAAAAAAACACAAUAAUCAGACGCAAUAUCUAUCAAUUAACCACCUUUCUUUAUACAAAUAUAUCGGCACGCUAUUCUCCUUGAAAUAUAUAUCAUCAUCAUCAAGUUUUCUGGUCGUGCAAAGAUGAACAAAUCUUUGUUGUUCUUCGUCUUUUUAUGCUUGCUUAUUCAAAUAAGCAAAUUAGGUUUCUGCUUAGAAAGAAAAGCUCAUAAUGGUAAUAAUGGACUGAAACGCCAUGGAUUCAUAAGUGUCACUAGCUUCGGAGCUGUUGGCGAUGGGAAGGCUGAUGAUACUAAGGCAUUUCUUAAGGCGUGGAAAGCUGUAUGUAAGGGAGGAAGUAGAGGGAAGACAAAUUUUGUAGUGCCUCUAGGAAAAACGUUCAUGCUUAAGCCUCUUACAUUCGAAGGUCCCUGCAAGUCUUCCUCCAUCACCUUUUUGAUAAGAGGCAAUCUUGUUGCGCCGGGUUACACUUGGCAUGCGGGAAACUACCCUGCAUGGAUAAGUUUUGAUAGUAUAUACGGCCUAGCUAUCACCGGAGGCGGCACCAUCAACGGCCGUGGUUCUGUGUGGUGGAGAAACGUUCAGCAUCGUCCCACAGCAAUGCAUUUCAACAACUGUAAUGGUCUUCACAUCUCUAAUCUCCAUCACUUGAACAGUCCUCGUAACCACAUAAGUCUAAGCUGCUCAGAGAACAUCAGCCUCUCGGGUCUAAACAUGACUGCGCCUGGUGAUAGUCCUAAUACGGAUGGUAUAGACAUAUCAAACUGUAGAGGAGUCGACAUACGUGACUCUGUGAUUGCCACUGGGGAUGACUGCAUUGCCAUUAACGGAGGUUCAUCUUAUAUCAACAUAACCGGCAUUUUUUGCGGCCCCGGUCAUGGCAUCAGCGUAGGAAGCCUUGGACAAAAUGGACAUUUUUCAGCCGUUGAAGAGGUGAGAGUAAAGAACUGUACUUUGUCAAACACAAAGAACGGUGUCCGGAUCAAGACAUUCCAGAAUGGAUUAGGAUUCGCUCGGAAAAUCUCAUUUGAGGAUAUUAAAAUGGUGGCUUCAGAGAACCCUAUAAUCAUCGAACAGAACUACCACGACCAGGGCAAGAACGGAGACGUAAGCUUUGAAUACAGUAACCACCAAAGCUGUCAUGUAAAUCGCUUGUACCAGACCGAGUCUGGUUCUGGCAAUGGCAGAGGCGUGAGAGUGAGCGAUGUGCGUUACAGUAGAAUACAAGGUUCAUCCGCGAGUAGUGAAGCCAUCACAAUGAACUGCGAUGCGAACUUGGGAUGUGUGGAUAUUGUGAUGGACCAUGUGAAUAUCGUUUCGGCUAAAUCAGGUCACAAGGUGUCUGCUUCUUGCAAGAAUGUUCAUGGGAAGUACUUUGAUUCCGUUAUUAGCUGUCAGAAAAAGCAUUAGGGAGAGGUGAUAUUGCCGUUUUCUCAUUCUGUAAUCCAUUAUUUCGAACUUGAAAGAACCAAAAAAAGAAACUAGGAGAACUGGUUAAUCAUAGUUUAA